AUACCUACUUGGCAGUUUUGGUUGCUUUGUUGUGGAGUCUGUCCUGGCCUACUACUGUCGAUAAUCGACUCAUCCAUCCUCGCGACAAGUUUAUACACCAUUGGGGUUGAGUUUAAAGAUCACAGUCUGAUCAACUGGGUCGUGCUGGCCUAUUCUCUAGGAUAUACUGGCUUCACAGUAUCAUGCAGCACUCUUUCAGACAUUAUAGGGCGGCGCAACGCUUUCGCAGCUUCUUACCUACUUUUUGUGUCCUUCUCCAUUGCGUGUGGGUUUUCUCAGCACGUCAAGCGUCUGAUAGUAUGCCGGGCACUCCAGGGGAUUGGUGGUUCUGGUCUAUAUGCUUUAUCGAUGAUUAUAUUGACCCAGCAGUGUCCGCCACAGCUUCGUCAAUAUAUCGGUAGCAUUAUUGGAGUUGUGGUUGCAAGUGCAGGCAUUCUUGGGCCUGUUUUGGGAGGUAUUUUCGCUGAAUACACAGGCUGGCGCUGGAUUUUUUGGAUCAAGUGCGCAACUCCGAUGACAAGCACUUUGACGACUUUCCUUCUGGGCUACCCACAUCUACUCCUGAUAUUCUCGUUUCCAAUCAGGAUGCAAAUCGUGAGCGGUAAGAGCCCGCUACUAGCUGGGCUGACUCUGCUCCCCAUGCUAGGAACAGUCGCUAUCGGGAGCAUGGUGAGCGGAAAGGUCAACGCAGUCAAAGACCACCUUUCAGGGACCUUGCGUUGCGGCUCCUGGCUGAUGGGCCUUGGAUUCGUGCUCCUUACAACGAUUAGAGGCUCAGAGGAUGACGCAAAAGCAUUUGGAUUUCUGGCCUUUGUGGGGUUUGGUUUUGGUCUUUUCACGGCGGCAGCAACCAACGUGAUAAGUGUUGAUGUUCUGACACGGCAAAAGGCGUCUGCUCAUGGCAUCAUGGCGCAAGCGAGAAUAUUAGGGGGGAGCCUCGGUGUAUCAGUUUCUACGUUGUUCUUACACACUGAAGUAAUCAAUCGACUUCCGGAAAUUAUACCCCCUGAAGAGCUGGAUUUCAUGGAGGGCGACAUGAAAAACCUGACGGGCCCUAGCUUAGAAGCUGUCCAAAAAGCAUAUGUAUCUGCGUUUCAUAAGAGCAUCACGACGGCGGCGGUAGCGGCUUGUUUGGCGGUG